AUGGGACUGCCUUUCGGUUCCAAGCCGCAGGCCAACAGUCAGUCCGUUCCCGAGCACUCACAGUCCGACUCUGAAGCGUCCAUCAUCCGCGAUAGCGAUCUCGCCUACGUACGUCAAACAGCUGGAAAUGGCGCUUCAGGAUAUCAGGAAGCUGUCGGUGCUCCCGUCGAGACACGCUCACCGCUGGGAUACCACGUCAACCGGCUGACUAUCAUCAUCCUCAAUCUCAAUCACAUGGUCGGCACCGGCAUUUUCUCCACGCCAGCUAUUUUCCCAACCGCAGUGGCUCAGAGGUUGUCUGGCUCGAGCAAGGCUUUCCCCGACGCCUUCGCUGUACAGUCUGUGCUGCUAUCUUUCAGUAGCAGUAACGCAAUUGUCCUUUCCAACUACCUCUGGCGUAUUGUCGGUCGCGCGCCGGAUCCCUGGGAGCUCAAGGGUGUCGCGAUUGCAGCUUACACGUUGGCUGUCAUUACUGUUAUCGCACAUAACAAAUAUUCCCUGUGGGCGAUAAACGCUAUUGGUGCUUUAAAAUUGCUUUUAUUAUUUUUUAUCUCCAUCUCUGGCCUUGUCAUCCUUGGAGGUCAUUUCCCCCGGAUCGAGAACCCAAGCAUCAACUUUCGUCAUGGCUCUCAAGAUACCACUUCAAGCGGCUACAGUCUUUCUCAGGCCAUGGUCAACAUCACAUUUACCUUCUCAGGUUGGCAAAACGCUUUCAGCAUGACAAACAAAAUCAAGAAUCCUAUCCCCAUAUUGAAAAAGAAUGCCACGGCUUCCCUGCUCAUUCUCUUCUCUCUACACUUCCUCUGUAACAUUGCCUACUUUGCCGCAGUCCCCAAGGACAUAUUUCUCGAGUCAAAGGAGUUGGCGGCUGCUCUCUUCUUUCGUACCGCCUUUGGAUCUUCAGCCUAUGGGCUCUCGUUAUACUGUACCUCUUGGCUCAAGCCUUUCUACUGGUCAUGCCCUGGAUUCCCCCAGAGGGUGGCAUUUAUUCUGGAACAGUUAGUUUGCACCUACAUGAUUGUCAGGCUUGGAAUCAUGGCAACAUGCGGCAUCUACUAUUGGCUAUGGAUGAAGGUGCUUCCCUGCUGGGGUAACUACAGCGUUCAAUCCCAAGUUAACUCUGUCGAUGACAAUGGCGCCAAUACACAUCGACUUUUAAGGGUGCCUAAUUCUGAGGUGGCUGAGUGGGACGCUACCCAUGAUGAUCUCGGACGGGAUUUAGUCCCUCAGAGGGUAAUUAGUAGAAGCAAUAGCAACUCAGAGAAGUAG